AUUUAUUUUUGUUAUAAAAUUGUAAUUAUUUCAAAGAGUAAUAAUUUAUUUAAAAUUGUGCAGUGUAUCUGCCGUAUUUGGAAUAGUUUAUUUCAAAGAUUAUAACGUUUCGUAGGAAGCAAACAUAGAUUUUGCUUUGUAUGAAAAUAUAAGCAUUUUUUCAGUCGAUCCCCUAUUCAAUUUCCCACACCGGCCAAGGAGAAGAAUUCCUUAGCACUAUUACUGUAUAAAUAAACCUUCUCCUAUUCGAAUGCCUAUACGAAGUACUAGUCAUACUUAUGCCUGCCUUGGCUGUGUUCUUUACGCAUGUUAGAACAAUUGUUAUUUUGUUAUAACUAUAUUAAUAAUACUAUUUUUUGGGUUUUCAAUUUCUUUGGGCCUGUCCUGAAUACUACUACAAAAAAAAAUUGGGUCCUUUCAAUUUUUUGGGCCCUGUGUGGUUGGACAGCCUACACAAUGUCUGGGCCGGCCUUGGUCUUACCCCUGUACUAAAGCACAGCGAGUCUGCUUCUGAAUGACUCAUUGCUGACUGCCGUUUCAUAACAAAGAAGCGCAAACAGUUCAAUAAGCUAUUUUGCUUUAUUCCAUCGUACUCUCAAGCCAACACAAAAAAUAGUAAGUCUUUAGCUUCAUCGCAAAUGAUGAAAAAACUAACACACAUUAAAGAUAUCCUUUCAAAAAAAAUAUACAUUAAAUAUAUUGGAACUAUGAGGAUUGAGGUAGGAGUGGACUCGGGCCGGUUCGGGCCCGGCCGGGCCUCGGUUCAAGAAGGGGAGGCCCGGAACCGGCCCGGGUAACCCCCGGGUCCGGGCCGGGCCUCGGGUAUAUUUUUUUUUUUGGGCUUUUCCUAGUUAACCCCCACCCCUCCCCCUCACCCCAAACCAACCCUAACCACCUCAAAUGGCCCAAAAUAACCAGCCCAACCCAAAAACUCAAAAAAAAUCAAAAAAAAAAAUUAAAAUUGGCCCGGCCCGGGCCCGAACCGGCCGGACCGGUUCACCUUUUGAAGGGCCCGAGCCCGAACCGAGAAUCCACCGGGCCGGGUGGCCCGAACCGCCCAACGAACCGGUUCCCGGGCCGGUCCGGGCCCGCACAGUGGCGGGCCGGUCCGGUUCCGGGCCGGUUGGCCCGGCCCGAGUCCACCCCUAGAUUGAGGUUGAUACGGAAACCCGUGAACAGGUAUGAAAUUCACCCAUACAAGUAUUACUAAUUUGGUAUUGGACAAAUCUAAUGAAGUUGGAAUUAGAUGAAUAAUAGAGAUAGUACUAUAGUAGCCCUAAAUAGGACUAAAUUAAUCUCUAAAUGCCCAAAUAAGAAUAUGUCAUUUAUCUUCCCAAAAUAGGACUAAAGUAUGUUCUAUCUUCUUAUUGUACACUUACCAUAACUUAAAAGGUAAUCAUAUUUUAAGUUUUAAUAAAAAAUAUUUUAACUUGUAAAAAAGCGUAAUAAAAGAAAAAAUAUGGAGGCCUUUCGCGCGGCCUCGGACGCCGCCCAACAAUGUCAUGAAGAUGGCAUUUUUAGUCUUUGAAAAUAUCAAAAUUUUCUCGAAAAACUGAUCACAUCAAGAUGACAUUUCUGACCCAUGUUGGCAUUUUUUUCGGGUGGUCGGAGCUAGUGGUGUUGGGAGGUUGUUGAGGCGGCAGUAGAGGCCUGCAUAUUUUUUUUAUAUUUUUUACGUUUUAUUUUUUACUUUAGUUUUUUUUAUAUAAUUUUGAAUUUAUCUAAUUUUUUAUUUUUAUUAAUUUAUUUAAUAUUUAUUUUUUGUGUUUUAUUUUGUUCGUUUUUAUUAUAAGUAAAUUUAUAUUAUAAAUGAAAUAUGAAUUGUAUUUAAACAAAGCAAGGGUAGAAUUGAAAAGCUAGUCUUAUUUAAGAAAUUUUGAAUUUAUAGUCCUAUUUUGGCAAAUAAAUUUUCAUUUAGUCUCAUUUGGGAAAUUCCUCCAUAAUAAUUAGACCAAGGUAGUAGAAAGAUGAUGGAAGAGUAUUCAAAAGUAUUUUAUAUACUCCGUAGCCAUAUUGGAUAUUCCUUGAGAAUUUAGAUCCAUAGAAAAAUAUGGAACAACAAAUGGUCGUAAACUUGUAUUCCGUAUAUUUUUAACGUAAAUUACGUAAAGUCGCAUAACCAUACAACUAUAAGUGACAAUCUUCAAUAUCUCCUCUUUGGAUUCGCCAUACGUUUCCCCAUCCUACAUUUCCACUAUAAAAGGGAAGGCAAAGAAAACUCCAACUCUUCUCAGAUCAAAACACAUUCUAUAAUAAUAGCUAGGAUGGAAACCAAGAAAGUCCAUCUCGCUCUCCUCCUCCUCCUCUCCAACGUGGCUCUCUCCCUGGUGGUGGAUGCCUCCACUUACAUGGACGCCAUGUCAUUCCCCGCCUCAAGCGGUGGCGGCCUCAUCGAGGACGGUGAGGAGAUGCUGAUGGAGUCGGAGUCUUCAAGGAGGGUUCUGUCACAGAGCAGAUACAUAUCUUACGUCGCCAUGAAUAAGGACAGCAUUCCUUGCAACCGCCGCGGCCCUUCCUACUACAACUGCCAAAAGCACGCUCCCGUCCGCCCAUACACCCGUGGAUGCAGCAAGUUCACCCGAUGCGGUGGACGAUACAAUUAAUUAUUGCAUGUUAUGUUUACCAUCAAAUGAUCUCUACACAUAUACGCAAGAUUGAAAGUAAAUGAUUUCAAUACAUUAUUCCCAACAUUGUGUUCUUUAAACGUUAUUUAAUUUCUGUCGUGUUUUUGUAUUCCAUGUUCGAUCAAUAUGAUUUGGAUCUAAAAUCCUCUUUCGAUAUGUUAUCUUUGCCAUGAUAAUAUUGUGGCAUUAUUACGUUAAUAUUACAAUGUCA